AACUAUAAAAUGAAUUUCCCAGAUGGACUUUGUCUAAUCUCAUAACUAACAUGAAUUCGAUUGAAUUACUCCAAAACCUAAAUUUCACCUGCCGGGUUACAAAUUCUCCACUUCCGGAGACAGAAUUCAACCUGAUUCAACCUGGUUCAAUGCUGUUAAAGGUUGCCAGGUAAACUGACUGGAAAAAAUAUGUGAUAUACCCGUAAAAUUUCUAAAAAGUGAUGGCUUCUAUUUGUCGUCGCUGGAGACUAUGGAUUUUACCAGUUUUAACUUGUCUCUAUGCACUUCUGAUCAUUAUUUUGGUUCCAAUUCUCUUGGCCAAUUCAAUUAAGAAUGGCUUUGAAAAUCAGGAUCAAGGAGCACUGGUGGGUGGUGUCUUUGUGCUACUUGCCUUGCCUAUUGCUUUCUACGAAAUUGUCCAACACAUGAUAUAUUAUACACAACCUAGACUGCAGAAAUACAUUAUAAGGAUAUUAUGGAUGGUACCAAUUUAUGCAGUGAAUGCUUGGCUUGGUCUGGUUUAUCCAGAAGGCAGCAUAUACGUUGACAGUUUAAGGGAGUGUUAUGAGGCAUAUGUAAUAUACAAUUUUAUGAUGUAUUUAUUGGCCUACUUGGAUGCUGAUCGUCAACUGGAACACAGACUUGAAAUUUCUCCUCAAGUACAUCACAUGUUCCCCCUGUGUUGUUUACCUGAUUGGGAAAUGGGCAGAGAAUUUGUACAUAUGUGCAAACAUGGAAUAUUACAAUAUACUGCAGUUAGGCCUAUAACAACUUUGAUAUCUUUUAUCUGUGAACUAAAUGGAGUGUACGGAGAAGGUGAAUUCAGAACAGACGUAGCUUUUCCAUAUAUGAUUGCUUUAAAUAAUUUAUCACAAUUUGUUGCCAUGUAUUGUUUGGUGCUUUUUUAUCGUGCCAAUGCGGAGGCUUUGAAACCAAUGAAACCAAUCGGGAAAUUUUUGUGUAUCAAAGCGGUCGUAUUCUUCUCCUUCUUUCAAGGCGUGAUAGUUGCAUUGCUAGUGUAUUUUGAUGUGAUAUCGAGUAUUUUUAAAACAAAUAACAUGGAAGAUAUCAGAAAUAUAUCAUCUAAGCUGCAGGACUUUUUAAUCUGUAUUGAAAUGUUUAUGGCUGCAGUAGCUCACCACUACAGUUUUACAUACAAACCUUUUGUAAAUCUAGCACAGGGUCAAGCAUGGUGGGAUGCAUUCAGAGCAAUGUGGGACGUCUCAGAUGUCCAUAACGACAUCAAAGAACACCUUGGGGUAGUAGGAUCUUCAUUAAGCCGUAGGAUACGUGGUCGAAGCGCUUAUCAACAGGCCUGGGGGAGCGCGACAGAACGAACGUCUCUUCUUCCAGAAGCUUCAGUGACCACGGCCAGAAGUGCGCCAGCAUGUUCCUUUUCUAGUUACAAUACAGCGGAGAUGGAACAAAAUGGUGCGGAUGGUCCCGUUGAGCUAAUUCCGGACGUGCAGGAUACUAGUAACGCGGUGAAGACGUAAUCAUGUAAUGUUCUCUUAUCACAGAGAGAGAGGAACAUUUAAUCAAGGGGUACACUUCGUCUGGAAUAUAACACACUUUAAUUAAGAUUGCUCCAUAUCGCUAGUAUAACCUUUAAGCAGAGCGAGAAAUGUUUGAAAAAAUAUCUAGUUUUACAAAACGUGCGUUCUCCCCCGUGUACUGUACAAAUUUCUCAUCCUAAAUCGUUGAACGACACACUCAUUAUUCCCGGGAGAGACGACACGACAUGAGAAUACCAUAUUACAAUAAGGGAUUUGAUACACGUGGCCAUGUUUGCAACACGAGACAGAAGUGUCGUUUUACCUCGUCCAUUUUAAGAAAACGCUUUUUUCCUCCUUGAUUUGCGGCCAAUUACGCGACGCCUCGUGUUACCAAUGAUGUAUUACCAAAUAAUUGUACAUAUAUAUAUACAUACAAUAAUGUUUAUACUUAGAACAAUAUAUCGGUACAGUCCUAUUUA